AACUCCGCGGUCGCACUGCUGAUAACAUUUCUGAAUUGUUUUUAUAAAAAAAACUAAAAGUUAAACAAUAAGAAUGCAAUGUGGCGAUUCCCAUCGCUGAUAAGCAUUGGGAAGCCGUCUAGUUCUCGCAAAGCAAGUCAAACGUCAUCGUCACGAUGAUGACGGCAACAAAGAAGCGCCUAAAAAUAGUAGCCGCAGCAUCGUUCUCCCUGCUGCUGGUCGUUUACUUGUACAGAGCGAUCAGCGCCUCCACCGCCGGAGUGCCUGCUGUUGGGGUGGCGGUGGGUGUGGGACGGCUAUCCAGACCCAUCGAGGAGGAGCAGCAGGGCCAGUGGCCACCCACCGAAGAUGCUGUGCAAAGGAGCCUGCAGAAUGCGUACGAAGCCCACAGUUCCCUUAUCAAAGAGCAGCGGGCGGAGCUGCUGCGCACCAAAGAGCAAUUGGCCCAGUUGGAGGAGCAGAUCCGCUCGCUCCAGACCAGCACGCCUCGCAAAUAUCCCAAAGUCAAAUACUUAAACUACAAAAAUCGCAAGAGAAUUCUCAUCACCGGAGGAGCCGGCUUUGUGGGCUCCCAUCUGGUGGAUGAUCUGAUGAUCCAGGGCCACGAAGUGAUUGUGGUGGACAACUUCUUCACUGGUCGCAAGCGCAAUGUCGCGCACUGGCUGGGACACGAGAACUUUGAGCUCAUCCACCACGACAUUGUCAAUCCGCUGUUCAUUGAGAUUGACGAGAUCUACCACCUGGCCUCGCCGGCCUCCCCACCGCACUACAUGUACAAUCCGGUGAAGACCAUCAAGACAAACACCAUGGGCACCAUCAAUGUGCUGGGACUGGCCAAGCGCGUGAUGGCCAAAGUGCUGAUUGCCAGCACCUCGGAAGUGUACGGCGAUCCGACAGUUCAUCCGCAGCCCGAGACCUAUUGGGGCCAUGUGAAUCCAAUUGGACCACGUGCCUGCUAUGACGAGGGCAAGCGUGUCUCCGAGACCCUGAGCUAUGCGUACGCCAAACAGGAAAAGGUGCAAGUUCGUGUGGCUCGCAUCUUCAAUACGUACGGACCGAGGAUGCACAUGAACGAUGGCCGUGUGGUGUCCAAUUUCAUUCUGCAGGCGCUGCGCAACGAGACCAUCACUGUCUAUGGCAAUGGCCGGCAGACGCGCUCCUUCCAGUACGUUUCGGAUCUGGUUGAUGGCAUGAUUGCACUGAUGGCAUCCAACUACACGCAGCCGGUGAAUCUGGGCAAUCCCGUGGAGCAGAGCAUCGAGGAGUUUGCCCAAAUCAUCAAGCAACUGGUGGGCGGACCGAGCAUGAUCAAGCAGACCAAAGCCGUCGAGGAUGAUCCACAGCGACGCAAGCCGGACAUAACACGCGCCCGCCACUAUCUGAAGUGGGAGCCGAAGGUGCCGCUCGAGAAGGGUCUGCGGCAGACCAUUUCCUACUUUCGCAACGAACUGGCGCGCAGCGAUCGGUUCCAGGAGAGCUCCAACAAGUACUUUGAUUCGCCCGACCUGCAGCGAAGUCGCCUCUAACUAUUACUCCUAGAUCUGUCUGUGUAUAUGUCUAAGAUGUAGUGUAAAUUCGUGUGUGCCUGUAUGCCAAAGUCCAAAGCUAACAUUUGGAGUUGGUAACGCAACGUCUCUAGUCUGCAAAAACAAUGUAAAUAAUGACCAUCGAUAUAGCACUAAUUGUAAGUCACGUAUGCCAUAAGUCCAUGGAUCACAUUGGUGGGGGGAUCCUGCACUUUGUCCUGCAUCCAUUUAACCAGUGUAAAUUCUAGCUUUAAGUUGGGGCUAACAAUAAAAAGAGAGAACGUUUUUUCUUCUUUUCAAUCUAA